AUGGUAAUUAUGGCUUCGUCCAGAUUCGGAAUCGGCAGCUUCGUGCUGGUCUUGUGCAUCGUUCUGGUGCUGAUGCCCAGCAAAGCUGCCGCGUUUGGCGCUGGAAACAUCCCCUCCAUCGCCCAGGUCGAGGGCCACAACUGGCGACACGGCGACAUCGAGGAUGUUCUCAAGACCCUCACUUUUCUCCACGGCAAGAAAUGGACAACUUUGCUAGUACAGCGCACCUAUUUUGGCAACUGGCUCCGCGACUAUUCUCAAGCUGUCGACGUCGGCAGCUUGAAGGGCGUCAAUGCCGCUACCAUCCGCAUCCUCGUUUGGGUCCUUUCCUUCUUGGCCAACGGAUAUGCGACGGAGGAGUUCGAGGUCACCGAGGAGCGCCUCGGCGUCUACAGACCCGAAGAGCACAUUGACAAUCCGCUUGGUUACGCCGAUGGCAAAGAUGCGCGCGAGUUUGAUCCAAGACUUAGAGGGCCAGUCAUGCCCGUCGAGACGGAAAUCGACCCGCGGACUGGAAUGAAGAACUACAUUGCAAACGAAAACGGAAACUGGGCCACCAGCGCCGGGUAUCUCAGAUUUUCUAUCGCACGCAGCAUCCACUAUGGUCGCCUGUACACUAGUGGUUCCGGUAGAAAAGGGAACGAAGAUGACUUGUGUGAAGCACUCAGAUGCCUCGGACAAUCACUGCAUUGCAUGGAGGACUUUUCUGCCCACAGCAACUACUGCGAACUGGCGCUUCGUGAGCUCGGCUAUCAUGAGGUUUUCCCUCACUGUGGAACCGCCUCCGAGAUACGAUUGAAUGGCAAGCGAGUCUACCCGCUGGUCACUGGUACCUUUGGCGGCGUCGACUUCUUGCACUCCGUCCUGGGAGAAGCGAAUGAUCACUUCACCCAGUCCGAGGUCGAUGAGAUGAACGUCGCGCUGAAAAACGCCGAAAUUGCGACCAUGUCUGGCGGCGGCAAUAGCACACGUGGUUUUGGCGGUGGUAGUGGAACAGGCGAUUUCAUCUCGCUGGUCGGCAAAUUACCAGGCAUUGGCGGCGGCUUUGCGUCCGAAGCGCGCAAAUUGAAGCAAAUGGCAGCGCAACAGGAGCGAGAAAACGAGAUGACAACGUCGCGAGGUGAUUCCACUCGAGCAAAUACCAACCUCGUACCUGGUAUGAGCCCGGAUUUCGAUCCAGUCAAAGUUGCCAAGCAGAUCUAUCCCAUUCUAGAGUUCCGAGACAAGAUUGUCAAGUCAAUCAACAGGGGCAUUGCCAAGAUCCCAGGCUUGGAGAGCCUACUUGAGCACAUUAGCGAGACGCUGACAGCUUUCGUUUUGGGGUUAUUGGCACCCUUCAUUCGCCCGAUCAUCAACCAGGUCACCAAAGUUCUCAAGGAUGGAUCCUCGGGUGUCAUCAGCGCAAGCGCACACUCCCAGCUUGAGCCAUGGAAGAACCCGAACUGCACUGAUCCUACUCACUCCAUGCUGAGCAAAGACCAUUUUACCAACAUACUCAACUCCUGCGCUGGACGAGUGGCCGCCACGAUCCUUCAGUAUGUUGUGCCUCGUAUCCUAUAUGCGUGGGAACAUACCGGCGUGCCCGUCGACGAGAUCGUUAAUGACGUCCUCCGUGCGUUCCACCACCCCACAAUCCGGGAUGAGCGCAUCGAGAUUCAACGUGACAUGUUCAGCACUGUCAGAAAAUGGGCCGAUGAGUACCCCCGCCGCCACGAGCUGAAUCACAUACUUGGUUCUCAGAGCGUCAAGGCCGGCAAGAACCACGUCUUGGCAGGUUCAACUCACAAGGGCCACUCGCACGGCGGCGGCAUAUUUGACGGCGGCGUAGGCGAUUUAGUGGGGCAGCUGGGCCACGGAAAACCCUCCGGAUCACUUUGGAGCCAAGUUGCCACAAGAGACUUGGAUGCGAUGGGCGCUGGAAACCAUGGAGGGGUAGGAUACAUGGGAGCGAGUUCCCCACAGCCCUCGCAGGCACCGAUCCGGCCACCUGCUGGUACCGACUAUGGUUAUCAGUCGCAUACUACCGGGGGUGAAGCAGACAGCUAUAUGCGGCACGAAGAAUAUUCCAACCCUCCGCCGAAUCAAUAUUCGCAACAAGGAGGCUAUGGCGGGCCUUCACCUCAACCCCAAUAUGCAAGCUAUAGUGCACCACCACCCCAGCAGCCCGGGUAUGGAGGACCACAGGGCUACGGGCCACCGCAAGGCUAUGGGAUACCGCCAGGUUACGGAGGCCCCCCUCAACCAGGCUAUGCUCCUGCACCUCCCCAGCAAGGCUAUGGAGGGCCCCCUCCUCCUCCAGGGCAGUGGGGACAUCACCCACAAGGGCAGCCAGGAUAUCCGGGAUACGGCGGACCGCCCCGAGGUGAUUAUUCGGGUGGAUAUCAAUACUAG